CUGCACCAUGUUCUCCCGCGACGGUGACGGAACCGAAGCUCGCCCCGAGCGACGGUGCAGCGGCGGCUUGACCGGUUGCGCGCUUCUCGCUUCCGAAGCGGCCGCCAACGUCGCCCGGCUGUGCCGGUCCAGUCCGCGGCUGCUGUCCAUGCUGGUCCAGGAGAAAUGCGGCGAAGACGCCAACAGUAGCCGGUUCGCGCACGACUUCAAGACGCUGGCCGACGUGCUGGUGCAGCGCAUCGUUGCCAAACGCAUCAGCCGACAGUUUCCUAAACUUGAUGGAAACGUGUAUGGUGAAGAAAACGAUACAAUACAGAAUAAUAAAGGUCAAGACGUGACCAUACUAGUCGGAGAGACGGUAGAAGAAACAUUGCAGUGUUUGUCCAAAGCUCUAGGCGAUGAUUUAGACUCGGCAAAGAGCUUAGCUGAAGCUGCUCACAAAGAGUUUGAAUUGAAUGAUCUCAACGUUGACUGUUAUCCACCCGAAGAGGAAAAUUUAGAUAUGGACAAAAUCGGAAUAUGGAUCGAUCCUAUUGAUUCAACAAACGAAUAUAUAAACGGAAAUGUCGAUAAUAUAAAUGAAUACGGAUUUCACUCGAGCGGACUACAUUGCGUUACAAUUAAUAUUGGUUUAUUCGACAAGCACAGCGGAAAACCUAUCGCCGGCGUAAUUAAUCAACCAUUUUUCAAAUUUGACACUAUCAAAGGAUGGAGUGGAAGAUGUUACUGGGCAUAUUCCGACGGACAGAAAAGUUUAAACUCAUUGCCAGAAUUCAUUAGCUGCAAUCAGGAAUUGGUGGUGACUAGCAGCAGCGAGACAGACGAAGCCAAGGAGGCGUUGCAGCGGUCCGGUUACAUCGUGGCCACGGCGUCCGGGGCCGGUUAUAAGAUGCUGUGCGUGGCGAUAGGUGUCGUCAAGUGCUACGCGCUGACCAAAGACUCGACGUACGCGUGGGACACGUGCGCCGCGCACGCGAUGUUGGCGUCCCAGGGUGGCACGGCGUGUCACUGUCGCACGUCCGCCGAGCCUCUCACGUAUCGGCCCAAGACCACCGGCGGCGGACGGGCUCACUGCAACGCGGACGGUGUUAUCGCUUCGCGCGACCUGCAAACCGUCGACCGAGUACACGCGAUCCUGUCACCGCUGCAUACGCACUGCAACAGCUGAUUCAGUUGUACUAAUAAUUAUUAUGCAAUCGACGCGCCCCUACCCAAUUAAGACUAUACACACGAUUUUUAUUUUUUUAGUUUUAGUUUUUAAUAUUUUGUCCACGUGCGAAAUACCUGCGUGAUAUUGAUCACAUCGUUAAUCCGAGUAGCAAUUUUCAGAUUUAUGACGGAAACGGAUCACGAUAAAAUAAACACUGCGGUUGAUAUUUCAAAUUAAAAUACAAUUUUUUUUUCUAUUUCAAACACACGUAAAGCAUACUCUUUUAGAUAAUCCUCGCAAAACGUUAGAAUUAAAUUUCAUUUUUAUGUAAUUAUUUUUUGACGUACGAAUAGAAUUCCAUUUCUUAAUCUAAGAGAAGGUUUUUGGAGAACUAUGAUUAAAAUGUGUUCACUGCUCGGCAUUAAAAAUAUGCACCGUAAUUUAUUGGUAUCGCGUGACACGUCUUCUUCGUAACACCGAAUGAACAUCAUACAGUAUUUUAUAGUAAGUACGAUUAUAUAAUAGCAUAGAGGUACUAUAUAGACAUAAACAGCCGUAUUAUUAUUGUUGUUACUAUUAUUAUUAUUGCAUAUAUUUUCUCAGUAUUAUAUGCAUACCUAGUUUUAAAUAUUAAAAAAAAAAUCGUUUUUGAUGAUUAAUUAUAUACAAUACAGGGUAAUCAAACUAUUUUGAAAACAAUAUAAUCAAUUCCCAUCACUCGACAUUGUUAACGUUUUUACAUCAAAAUUGUAUA